CAUCUCUUAGCUACAUUUAGACAUACCUAAAGCUACACAGACCAAAGAUGGAUACAAGAACUUUCUGUGUGGAGGAAUGAGUUACGAAGCUCCUUCUUUGCUAUAUAAAGCAUCCUGUCCUCCAAAUCUUAAAGAAAAGGUAGGUAUUGACUGUGACAGAGAUCUCAAAACCCAACUGUUACCUCAAAAAUCUGUUGAAGAGCUCAAAGAUAUCAUGAGAGAAGCAAGUAGUCAAGGAACCAAGCAGCCAAAAGUUAAGCGAGGCAGAGGUAGGCCAAGGAAGUAUCAAGACCCUGACAUGUACACAAGAAAUAUAAGAAUGGACACUAACGACAAGGCUAUUAUCAGAGCUGUCAGGAAGGAAUUCAUUGAGUUUUUUAGACUUUUCUGUGUGAAAUCUGGAUUCUAUAACUACGAGAACCUCAGCAACGAUCCAUUGUAUAUUCGGUCAAUGAAAUUUGAGAUGAGCGAUGACAAGUUUAACGAAGCCAUGCAAGAAUUUGUACCCUUCAUCCUUCAGCAGGAUACCACUGAAACAGUAUGUUUGACAGAUGAAACUUUGGAAAAUAUGAAUAAAUUCUUGACAGUGUUCGUUGACUUCUAUAAAGGGCCAACAAUCACUUUUCCUGGGUCUAACAAACUCAUGAAGGAUGAGAUGCGCAGUCUGUUUUACUCAUAUUCUCACAGAAAAUUCGAAGCUUUCCUAGCUGUACCAGAGAUGAGGUUUGUGCUACACAAAGUACUAAAUCCUGGCUACAUAGACACCCUCAUUUCUAAGAAUACUACCUUGAAAGAGAACGAAGAUAUUUACAACAAGUGCGCAGAGAUGAUACUCGAAAAGGUUGAGAAGCAUAGCAGAAGGAGUCAGGAAUAA